AUGGCAAUUCCACAUAAGAUAAUUAUGAAAAUUUUACUAUUUAUCAUAAUCAGCAUAGCUUUUGCUCAAAUAGACCAAGAAGAGCAAAUCCCAAAGCAUGAACACAGUACUGAUGAGCAGCAAGAACUUGAAAACUCAGCGCUAAAUAAAGAAGAAAUAUAUCAAGCCCCAAAUAAUCCAAUUAAUGAUGAAAAAUUUGUGCCAGCAGACCCUCCAGCUCAAAAUCCUGCCCCAAAGGAUGAAGCUGCUAAAGAGCCUUUUAGAGGAAUUCCUUUAAAUACUAUCCUAAUUGCCUAAACCUAAAAUGAUUUUUCUGUCAUUUUUCCAUAUUUUAAAAAUUAAACUGCUUUUAAUAAAAAAUAAAACGCUUCUAUACCCUAUCUAAAGCAUAUAACCAAAGAAGACUUAUUAAGAGAAAACGACCCUGAUUACAAGCAUCACGAAGUUAACCCUGAUGACCCUACAUAUGAUCUUGCCAAAGAAUGGGAAGAGCACAUGAAAGACUUCGUCCCUGACGAAAUGAUCACUUUUGAAAUGGUCCCACGUGGCGAAGACGAAUUUUACGCUGAUAUAACUAUUUCACCUUCACACGUACGUGGAGCUUGGUUUAUCUCAAGUAAAGAAACUACUGAUAUUGACUUUUUUGUUGUCGACCCCAGGGACAGAGUCCUUAUUGAGCUCAGAAAAAGGAAAGAAGCUGUUUUUUGGUUUGAUGCUAUGUAUAAAGGCCAGUAUUUCCUGAGGUUCAAAAAUUACAGCUUAUUGCAAAAACAUUAUGUGACGCUAGCUCUGCAUACUGGGAACUCAACCGAAGAAAUUCUUUUAAAUCAGCACUUAGAGCCUGUAGAGCAAUAUUUAGUGAAAAUCCAAAAAGGAGUAAAGGAUUUUCAGGUUGAUAAUCAAUUCGCGACGCUAAGAAUGGAGUCUCAUUAUAGGACUGUGGCGAGUGCUAAUGAUAAUUUGUUCUGGUUCAGCAUUUUAGAGAGCUUUGGGGUGGCUGUGGUUACUUUUUGGCAAAUGUUUUAUAUAAAGAAAUUGCUGGAAAACAGAAGAAUGCUUUAG